AUGGGGUACGUCAGGGCCGGCAUGGUCGUCAAGGACGGCCUAUUACCAUCAAGGGUGCUCAAAAUCGGCGACAAGCUCGGGCCCAUGUACGGGCUGAAGUUUACGGCGAGGGAGCUGCUCCCGUAUGACAUCACCGUCACCUCGGUGGUGCCGGAGGACGAGAUGCCCAGCAUCAUUGACGAGGUGACCGGCAAGGAGUUCAAGCCGAAUAUGCUCAUCAGCACGAAGAACCUCGCGAGGGGGCUUGGGGGGGAGAUCAGAGAGAUGGCCGCGGUGACGAACAUGUUCGAUUCCAUAGAGGCGUUCAGGACAAAGGGGAUGCACCAGCCCAGGAAGGCGGUCGUCGUGUCGUUCGAGGACCAGAAGAGGGUCGGGCCCAGGCUCCCGAAGGGGGACGUGGUUGUACGCGGGAAGAGGUCGACGUUCACGGACACCAGCAAGAAGGUGAGGACGGUCAGGGUCACGUACGGGAUUAUUCGUGUAUUACAGCUCAGACACAUUACCACGAUCAAACACUACCCGUCCACGAACUGCACGUCGGUUGUGAGGGAUGCCAUCAUCAUGGACAACUACGUGGUCCUCAUCAGCUGCCCGGUCUACAACAGGACAGUGAUCGGCUGGGAUUGCCCGUACCCGAAGCCGCCCUCGACGGAGAAGAUGGUGAGGUACUCGAUGUUAGUUUUGGCCGUGUUCGCGGAGGUGUACAUGUACAACACCUUGAACUUCGUCCCACUCGGGAUUAAGUUCAUCAUGUAG